AUGGAGAAAGCACCAAUUGAACUGGAAUAUACCUUGAAAAAUCAGAGUUCUGGAGAAUCAGAGAAGGGAGAGAUCACAAACAGUUCCAUGGAAUCCAUGAGCACUGAAGAGAGGAGUGGGUACUCAGAGAGGUUAACCAACUUCCCCACGGUCACCCAGGAGCCAGCAGUGAGCCCAGGACUACCUUCCUCGGUUGGGCAGCGGUCUCCGGGGAAGGCGCCCGCUGGCCGGUCCCCGAGCAGUGAGGUCCCUUUGGCCCCCGCCCGCCCACUCCCGUGCGCACCCGGCCGCGCCCCCGCCAUCCCUGGCUUCCGGAGGGGGCUGUCGCGGGGAGGAUGCGGGCUGGGGGCUGCUGAGCCCGCGGAGCCACCGUCGGUCGGCCGAGAGGAGGACGAUGCUCGGCGCGCUCAGGUGAGCCGGGGCUGGGGGCUCUCCGCCGCAGCCCCAGGCGGGCCCGCGCCUCUCGCUCGCCGGCCUCCCAGCGCGGGGGCUGGAGCCCGCACCCGAGGGGGCGGCAGGGAGGGCGCAGGCAGCGGCUGGGAGCGCGGCGGCGGCGGCGGCAGAAGCUCGGUUCCGCGGCGAGGGGUGGCCGUUCCCGUCCGCCCGGGCGCCUCGCUCCCUAGCCUCAGCCGAGGUUCCAAGGAGGGUUUCAAGUCAGUGGAGAAGGUCGUGCUGCUCACAUUUCUCUCGGCAGUAAUCCUGAUGGCUAUCUUGGGGAACCUGCUGGUGAUGGUGGCUGUGUGCAGGGACAGGCAGCUCAGGAAAAUAAAAACCAAUUAUUUCAUUGUGUCUCUUGCCUUUGCGGAUCUGCUGGUGUCAGUGCUGGUGAUGCCCUUCGGUGCCAUUGAGCUGGUUCAAGACAUCUGGAUUUACGGGGAGAUGUUCUGCCUUGUCCGGACAUCUCUGGAUGUCCUGCUCACAACAGCAUCGAUUUUUCACCUGUGCUGCAUUUCUCUGGAUAGGUAUUAUGCCAUCUGCUGCCAGCCUUUGGUCUAUAGGAACAAGAUGACCCCUCUGCGCAUCGCAUUAAUGCUGGGAGGCUGCUGGGUCAUCCCCAUGUUUAUCUCUUUUCUCCCUAUAAUGCAAGGCUGGAAUAACAUUGGAAUAAUUGAUUUGGAAAGGAUAUCCAAGCCAAGACUGGGCCAGGAUUUGCAUGUGAUAGAAAAAAGGAAGGUCAAUCAGAACUCUAACUCUACGUACUGUAUCUUCAUGGUCAACAAGCCCUAUGCCAUCACCUGCUCCGUGGUAGCCUUCUACAUCCCAUUUCUCCUCAUGGUGCUGGCCUAUUAUCGCAUCUAUGUCACAGCUAAGGAGCAUGCUCACCAGAUCCAGAUGCUACAACGGGCAGGAGCCCCCACAGAGGGCAGGCUCCAACCAACAGACCAGCAUAGCACUCACCGCAUGAGGACAGAGACCAAAGCAGCCAAGACUCUGUGCAUCAUCAUGGGUUGCUUCUGCCUUUGCUGGGCUCCAUUCUUUGUCACCAAUAUUGUGGAUCCAUUUGUAGACUAUACUGUUCCUGGGCAGGUGUGGACCGCUUUCCUCUGGCUUGGCUACAUCAAUUCUGGGUUGAACCCCUUUCUCUACGCCUUCUUGAAUAAGUCUUUUAGACGUGCCUUCCUCAUCAUCCUCUGCUGUGAUGAUGAACGCUACCGGAGACCUUCCAUUCUGGGCCAGACUGUCCCCUGUUCAACCACAACUAUUAAUGGAUCCACACAUGUGCUAAGGGAUGCAGUGGAAUGUGGUGGCCAAUGGGAGAGUCAGUCCCACCCCCCAGCAAGUUCUCCUCUGGUGGCCGCACAGCCCAGUGACACUUAG